AUGGCUUCCGACGAUAUCAACGAACCAAAAAAAGCCCAUCAGGAGCAGUCACUAGUGAAGACGAUCCUGCUAAUAACCAUUGUCCUGAUGAGCAUUUUUCUAGUAGCGUUAGACAGAACAAUCAUCUCAACGGCCAUCCCUCAAAUAACAAAUGAAUUCAAUUCCCUGGCGGAUGUCGGCUGGUAUGGAAGCGCCUAUACACUGGCAUCAUGUUCAUUCCAGCUGCUCCUUGGAAAAAUACAUGCCUUCUACCCUAUCAAGAUUGUCCUACUCGCAUGCGUCCUACUAUUUGAGGUAGGGUCUGCUGUCUGCGGAUCUGCCCCCAGCUCGGCAACUUUUAUUGCUGGACGAGCAAUCGCCGGAGUUGGCGCAGCUGGGAUCUUUUCUGGAUCUAUUAUGUGCAUUGUGUAUGCUGUUCCUCUUGAAAAGCGAGCUGCGAUUCAAGGCCUUUUUGGAUCCAUAUUUGGCAUUGCGUCCAUUGUAGGACCCCUGAUUGGCGGUGCAUUUACCUCAAACGUUACCUGGAGAUGGUGUUUUUAUACCAACCUGCCGUUCGGCGGCGUGGCAAUUGCCAUAAUCGCUUUCUGUCUUAAGGUGCCUGAUCGGAAUACGACCAAGUUGCCUUGGAAGGAGAAGUUGUCACAACUGGAUGCUCUUGGUACCACAGCGCUGGUAUCUUGUAUGGUUUGUCUUCUGUUGGCACUUCAGUGGGGUGGCCAGGCGUAUGUUUGGAACAACGGCCGCCUGAUUGCGCUGUUGGCCUUGAUGGGAGUCCUGGCCAUUGGCUUUGCAGCCGUUCAGAUACUACUUCCCAAGACAGCAACGAUUCCCCUACGGAUCAUCAAGCAGCGCAGUAUUGUCGCUGGCUGUUGGGUCACCGUAUGUGUCGGAGCCUCGUCAUACAUCUAUACGUACUUCCUUCCAAUCUGGUUCCAGUCCAUCACCGGCGUCUCUGCCAUGGAAUCCGGCAUCCGACUCCUCCCACUCAUGCUAUCAAUGGUCCUCGCCUCCAUUGUCGGGGGCCUCAUGACCCAAAAAACAGGAUACUACACACCCUUCGCAAUCGCCGGAUCAUGUAUAAUGACCAUCGGGGCCGGCCUCCUCACAACUCUACAAGUGGACACCAGCGAGGGCAAAUGGAUCGGAUACCAGAUCCUCUACGGCUUCGGCAUGGGUCUGUCCUUCCAGGCGCCGAAUCUCGCUGCACAGACUGUUCUUCCGGCAGCGGAUGUCCCGAUCGGGUCGUCGCUGAUGUUCUUCGGGCAGCUUCUCGGAGCGACUAUUUUCAUCUCGGUCGGGGAGAACGUGCUGGAUAAUGAGUUGGUUAGGCGGCUUUCUGAUAUGCCGGGAUUUGAGCCGGGGCUUGUCACAUCGGGUGGUGCUACGUCUUUGAUUGACUUGUUGCCGGAGAGUUUGAGAGGGAGUGUUCUGGAGGCUUAUAAUGGGGCGUUGAGGCAGGUGUUCGUGGUUGGACUGGUCAUGUCGUGUUUGACGAUGCUUGGUACGGCGGCGUUGGAGUGGAGAAGUAUGCUGAAAGCGGCGGAUCAUAAUUCCGACAGUGAGGUUUGCCAGGAUAUGACGCAGAAGCUGGAUAAGGACGCUGUUUGA